GCGGGCGGCAGAAACAGCAACAGCAGCCACUUGCUACACUUGUGGCGGCACGACGGGCGGAGGGAGACAGCGCACGGAUCGGGUCUGGGGAAGGCGGCGCCUCCGUGAUCCGCCGGCAACACAGGCGGAACUGAGAUUGUGAAGCAGGAGGGACGGGAGAGGUCGGCUCGGCUCGGCUCGGCGGCAGGAGGGGCGACACUCGUACCCACACGUGUGUGUACACGCAGGGCAGCACCCAGCUCCGACAGCGCUCAGGCCAGCACCCAACCUCGGUCACCAUGCCCAAGAAGAAGCCGGGACCCAUUCAGCUGCACCCGAGUCCCGAUGGAUCAGCAAUCAACGGCACCACUUCCGCAGAGACAAAUUUGGAAGCUCUGCAGAAGAAGUUGGAAGAACUCGAGUUGGACGAACAACAGCGGAAACGGCUGGAGGCCUUUCUGACUCAGAAGCAGAAGGUUGGCGAGCUGAAGGACGAUGACUUUGAGAAGAUCUCGGAACUGGGUGCGGGCAACGGAGGCGUUGUAUUCAAGGUCUCCCACAAGCCCUCCGGCCUAAUCAUGGCCCGAAAGCUGAUCCACCUGGAGAUAAAGCCAGCCAUUCGCAACCAGAUCAUCCGAGAGCUUCAGGUCCUGCACGAGUGCAAUUCUCCCUACAUCGUGGGAUUCUACGGUGCUUUCUACAGCGACGGGGAGAUCAGCAUCUGCAUGGAGCACAUGGAUGGUGGAUCAUUGGAUCAAGUGCUAAAAAAGGCUGGAAGAAUUACAGAAGAAGUCCUGGGCAAAGUGAGCAUAGCUGUUAAUAAGGGACUGGCCUACCUGCGGGAGAAGCACAAGAUUAUGCACCGAGAUGUUAAGCCUUCGAACAUCCUGGUGAAUUCCCGUGGUGAAAUCAAGCUGUGUGAUUUUGGGGUCAGUGGGCAGCUGAUUGACUCGAUGGCCAAUUCGUUUGUUGGGACCAGGUCCUACAUGUCUCCGGAACGACUCCAGGGAACACACUAUUCCGUUCAGUCUGACAUCUGGAGUAUGGGCCUCUCCCUGGUGGAGAUGGCCAUCGGCAGAUAUCCAAUUCCUCCACCUGAUGCUAAGGAGCUUGGACAUAUCUUUGGCUGCCACAUGGGUGAAGACUCGACAUUCUCCGAGCAGAGCAGUCGACCACCUGGGCGUGCCGGGAGCUCCUUUGGUCUGGACAGUCGACCUCCGAUGGCGAUAUUUGAACUGUUGGAUUACAUCGUGAAUGAGCCGCCACCUAAAUUGCCAUCUGGAGUUUUCAGUGACGAAUUCCAGGAUUUUGUGAACAUUUGCUUGAUAAAGAAUCCUGCUGAGAGAGCAGACUUGAAGCAGCUUAUGGCUCAUUCCUUCAUCAAGCGAUCGGAGGCGGAAAAGGUGGAUUUUGCAGGCUGGCUGUGUACAACAAUCGGCUUGAAGCAGCCAAGCACUCCCACGCACACUCCCACAGUCUAAAUCACUUGUGCCGCUAAACCACUGUUGUCUUUGUGCAGCAAACUGAUGGAUGUUUCUGCUGAUGUUACCUCAUCAAUAACCCUUUAUCCCAUUAUAUAUUUAAAGAGAUGUAUUUACAUUUUUAAAGGAAUGAUGUCUGUUAAAAUUUAACUGCCCUUCUUAAAUUUUAGUAUUUGCUAAUGGGUAUAGAUAGCAAGUUGGUCUUAUUUUGGGGUCAGUGCCAUGAGGGAAUGAGUUGAGGGAAGCUGACUUUUUAAAGGGAUGGUACUAAACUAUUGCACACAAAUUUUGUGGAUAAUUAUGGAAACGCCUUGCUACUUGCAGACCCAUAACUCGUCAUUUUAAAGAGAGGGUCUGCUGGUCCCUAGGUGGCACUUGUAGAACGCUCUGAAUACUUACUAAUAUAUACACUGCACUACAUGUAGAGAAACUGGAAUCUCGAGUUCAGUGACACAUUCUAAUUUAUUUCCACUGCAAGCCUCAACAUGUUCCCAAAGGUGUGGCAGGUUAUCUGCUCACUAGUGUAACUCUAAAAACAGGAGAUGGAUGGGUGGAGGGAACUGAAAUUAGAAUUCUUAUCUCAACAUUUGCUUCAAAUCAGCCAGACUGACUAUAAGCUUAGGAAUUCCAUGAGAGCCUGUUACUAAGAGGGUUGAAUUGAGCUGCAAUUCCUCCACACUUGCCUUUUGGGAUUUCAGUACAAACUGGGGAGGUGGAGGAGUGUGAUAGUACUGCAGCAUUUGAGACCAAAUGGUGCACCCAACCUCUAGCAGUUCAGUGGCUUUCCUGCAAAGGUAGGAUUUCUGCCUGACAGCUUAAGGCAUGAUAGCUCGUCUGAUUCUUUAGCAAAAGGAAUUGAUCCAAAGCUUGCACACAUGCUCGAGAAAAGCCCAGUUCAGAGGGGCAAUUACAUGCUCUUGCUACAUGCUCUUGCUGCUGUCUUCCUUUCUCUCAUUGUGGGGUCAAUUAGAUUAUUCUGUUCAAGAUGAAGCCUGGCCCAAUUAUUGCUACAAUGCCCUAAAGGUACUUUAGACAAACUCGAUCACAGCAAAGGACAGCAGCAAAACAGUGCAAAAGGCAAAACAUUCUGGACUGAGACAAUGUCGGAAAUACUUGUGACCAGCACUGGGAGGUAUGUACCAAAUUUUAAGCACGUGCAGUGUUAAAAGGAUGAGAAAGGAAUUAUGGCACAGUGCAUGAAUGAGAUAAUUAUGUUUGAGUGAAUUUAGUGGACCAUAAAUGGCAGUAAUUGAAUCCAUAACAAUAACUAAGGCCAGAAACUGAUAAUUUAUUGAGUACAGAAGGCUGUAGGAUUCUAUCAAAACAUACAAAUGUUUUCCUUGAGUUUAUUAACAUAUAAGAGGCAAUGAUUAGAAUUAAUGGAUGGCACUGCCUGCUGUACCACGUUGGAAUAAGGAAGAGAUGGGCUCAGUCACUUUUACAUUUGGUCAAAGGCACUAAGUUUUGGGUAAGUUUUCUUUGGCAUAACCUGCUGUGUGCCUCAAGUUAUGUACCUAUGCAGUGAAUUUUGUACUUGAGCUGGAUUAUAAAAUCGAAGAACAUUGAUUUCCAUUCCCACAGUUCCUCCAGCUGUGUUUUUGCUCAUUAAUUUCUCAGUUGAGUUAAAGCCAGAGAUUAAUCUUUCUAGCACAGCCCCUAUUUCCAUCGCUCCAAGUUGUUCAAUUACCCCCCACAACAGAUUCAUAUAAUUUUACUACAUUAUGGAAUGUAGUUACACGGGCUUGCAUUAUCAAUUGAGUAUCACAUGAAGUAAUUUCAAUAAAAUUGGCUGUGCUUGAGGGCAAACUUUUGAUUAGUCUGGAUUGACAGUUAAAACUGACUUAAACGCUGUCAGUUUUACAUUCAUAGAAUACUGUUCUCACCAAUGACAUCUAAAGUGUACGAACCGUGGAGCAAAUAGGAUCUCUAUGUGAAUUUCAAAGUCAUUAGUACUUUAACCAAUUAACAAUCAUUAAUUUGUAAAGCAAAAACAUUGAAGUAGAAAUGUACAUUCCUAUUUGUAGUCGGUGAGCAGAUAUCUUGUACAUUGAUUAAUUCAGCUGCUAUAGCCAUAAGAUGGCCAUCCUUCACUCAAUAGCUAUAGGUUCUUGCCCAGUUGUUUAUCAGGUGCACAACUAGCCCCCAGUGGUGUAAAUGUGCAUGGGUAAAGUAAUGCUCCAGAUUAAUAUUCCAUCUUUAUUUUGAUAUUGGCAUUAGGAAGCAAGUGCAUUUGGUACAACUCAACUGCUCUACAUUGCUGAGGCCCCUGCCACUCCUUUGCUAUGAAUCUUAAUGUAUUUAAGUGCUUUAGUACUGAUGUUGAAAAAAAAAAUCAGUAUAACACAUUGGAAGCUCUCUGGGGAUCAAAUGUGCAGUACAUUAAAUCAGACUAUCUUUCUUUUAGACCACGUGUAAUCAGUGAGAAAAUAUUGACUGCUAAAAUGGUGUGAAUCAAGUGUGCAAUUCAAACCCUCAACCUGUGUUCUUGCUAAAGUUUUCACCAUUAAAGUCUAUUGUUGCAA